AUGUCUACUGAUUCAAAUACGGUAGAUAACGCGAGUGUGGACUCAGAAAAAAUUACCUCCUAUGGAGAUGCAAUGCAGAAUCCUACACAAAACAAUGAAAGCAUCCACAGAACUGACACAAUAUUAUCGAGAUUGCGUUCUAGACACUCUGAUGAUGUCGAAGACGAAAAAGAAUUGAAGCGUUUGGUCACAAAUAACCAAGGUGUUGAAAAAAUCAAAACUGAAUUGCGUGACAGAGCUGGUGCAUUGGGUCCACUUGAAGAGCCAUACGAUCUCAAAUUAGUGCAAACCCACCCAGACCCUAACUCAGAUUUUAAUGAAGCCGACCCAUACAAAUACCCAGUUGAUAUGGAGUCAGGCUUGAGACUCGUUGAAUUUGUUGAACAUGACAAGGGUAACCCAAAGAGCUGGGGUAGAGCUAGAAAAUGGCUCUACACCAUGGUGCUUGGUGGUAUGUGUUAUGUUGUUGCUUUAGGUUCGGCAAUCGUUACUGGUGAUAUGAGUGGACCUGCAAAGACCUUUGGUGUCUCUGAGGAAGUUGUCAUCUUAGCCUCUGUUACUGUUUUCGUUAUUGGUUUUGGUGUUGGUCCAUUGGUAUUUGCACCCAUGUCGGAAGAAGUUGGUAGAAAACCAAUAUAUGCUGUUACGUUAUUUGUUGCCGUUAUCUUUAUCAUUCCUUGUGGUGCUGCCAGAAACAUUGGAACUUUACUUGUGUGUCGUUUGAUUGAUGGUAUUGCUUUUAGUGCACCAAUGACCUUGAUUGGUGGUUCCUUGGCUGAUAUUUGGGAUGGUCCUGAAAGAGGUGUAGCUAUGGCUAUUUUCUCUGCUGCCCCAUUCUUGGGUCCCGUUUGUGGUCCCGUGUUUGGUGGUUUGCUUGGUGACUAUACCUCUACUUGGAGAUGGAUCUACUGGGCAUUCUUGAUUAUUGCCGGUGUAUUCUACGCCAUCUUUAUUGUUGUUGUUCCCGAGACCCACCAUGGUACCUUGUUGAAGAAAAGAUCAAAGAAGUUGAGAAAGGAUACCGGAGACACCAGAUACAGAAGUUUGAAUGAGAUUGAAGUUAGAGAAUUCAAAGACGUUGCAAAGACUUCGCUUUUGAGACCAUUUGUUUUGCUUUCGGAACUUAUUGUGUUUUUGAUGACUAUUUAUAUGGCCAUCCUCUAUGGUUUGUUGUACAUGUUCUUCUUUGCUUACCCAGUCAUCUACAUGGAAGGUAAAGGCUGGUCUGCAUCAAUGACCGGUGUUAUGUUUAUCCCAAUUGGUGUUGGUGUCAUGAUUGCCACUAUUGCCGCACCAUUCUUCAACAAUGACUACAACAGAAGAGCACAAAAGUACAGAGAUAGGGGUGAAUUGCCACCAGCAGAAUUGAGAUUGAUUCCAAUGAUGGUUUCGUGUUGGUUUGUGCCUGCAAGUCUUUUUUCCUUUGCUUGGUCAUCCUAUCCACAUUUGUCUUGGGCCGGACCAUGUUUCUCGGGCUUGGGUGCUGGUUUUGGAUUCUGUUGUUUGUACAAUCCUGCAAACAACUACAUUGUUGACUCAUACCAGCAUUAUGCUGCUAGUGCCUUGGCUGCAAAGACUUUUGUCAGAUCAAUCUGGGGUGCUUGUGUGCCAUUAUUCACCAUUCAAAUGUACCACAGAUUGGGUUACGAAUGGGCCAGUACAUUGAUGGCUUUCAUUUCCUUGGCCUGUUGUGCUAUCCCAUACCUUUUCUUUAUCUUUGGUGCGAGAAUUAGAGCAUUCUCUAAAUAUGCUUAUGCUCCAAAACCAGGUGAUAUUGCCCCAACCGGUGAUUUCGGUCAUUAA